ACUUCCUGGCACCCGUGUCACCCUGUCUUUGUCAUUAAGCCUCACCAUUGGUUGAAUUUGAUAUACACACUCAGACGCACUUACCCCUGGAGGCGUCCCCAAAGUGUCACCCUCGAAAGGGAACUUUAACAAUGUUUCUUAAAAUGUAACACGAUGUAACCCUGCUCUCACUUGAAAUGUGUCCCCACAUUUAUUUAGUCCUUAAAUUUAAGGGUAUUGGACCUGGAAAGUCCUUGAAAGGUCCCUGAAUUUGAAGUUAACUAAGGUGUGGGAAACCUGAUUUGUGUGGUUUAAUGUUAACUCUUUCACCGCCAGCGUUUUUUUAAAAAGUUGCCAGCCAGCGUUUUUCAUGAUUUUCACCAAAGUUUAAUGCCUUCCAGAAAAUGUUCUUCUUUAAAUAUAUAAACAUACAAUAUACCAAAUGAAAGAAUAGACCCUCUGCUUUCAAAAAAAAACCCCGUUUCAUCCUACCUUCAGUGGUUCUUUUGUAAUCAGCUUUUGAAUAUGGGUAGGUUUCUGCAAAAACACCACAUUUUGAGCAAAAAGCAGAGAUAAUUCCAUUUAUGUGACGGACUUUUCAUAGAGAUCCCAUUCAGAGCGAUCUUUAAAACAGACACGGACAUGCAGCCGCUUGCCAUAGGGCAAUACUUCCGGGUUUAAAAAGUUGCGGAUUGCGGAAAGACGGAAAAUCUCGUCAUUGGCGGGGAAGCGUUUUCUCUUAAUUGACGAGAUAUCUCGUCAAUGGCGGUGAAAGAGUUAAUAAACACAUUAUUUUCCACAUACCCUACAUUAUUAUAGCUCCAGAUUUCCCUCUCUUCCUGAAAUGUACGAAUUUGAAAAGCACUUUGAUUAACCAACUAAUCUGUACGUUGUGAUUGGCCUGAAUACCUAUGUCAGCAGGAACUGCUCUAUAAGAAAAAUAAGAGGUCUUUUACACACAGGAGGAAGUUGUGUCACAACCGGAAGUAGAUGAUAUGCUGAGAUGGCAGUGCUGAUGGUUUCACGCCUUUCCGCCCUUGGUUCUUUUAAUGUAAGGGCCAUUUCAUCAUUUGCUGCUCAUAAAAAAGUUCCAGUGACAGACAGAAAGGAUGAAAGCACAACAAGAGAGAAAAGCACAGCAUUAGCACCGAAACCAGCCGCAUCGCUCAGCAGCAAAGGUGAAUACAUUAUUACCAAGUUAGAUGAUCUGGUCAACUGGGCACGCAAAAGCUCCUUGUGGCCCAUGACUUUUGGCCUGGCUUGUUGUGCUAUGGAGAUGAUGCACAUGGCCGCCCCUCGCUAUGACAUGGAACGAUUUGGUCUUUUGUUUAGAGCCAGCCCUAGACAGGCUGAUGUCAUGAUCGUCGCAGGAACGUUAACCAAUAAAAUGGCCCCUGCCUUACGAAAGGUGUAUGAUCAGAUGCCAGAGCCCAAAUACGUCAUCUCCAUGGGAAGUUGUGCUAAUGGUGGUGGCUACUAUCAUUACUCUUAUUCUGUGGUCCGGGGUUGUGAUCGUAUUGUUCCAGUAGACAUCUACGUCCCAGGCUGCCCUCCCACCGCAGAAGCUUUGCUUUAUGGGACACUGCAGUUACAGAGGAAGAUUAAACAAGAACGGAAAAUGAGAAUUUGGUAUCGCAAAUGAGAAGAGAUUGUGGAUGUGUAACUGUUCUGUAAAAAAGGUUUAUUUAGUAUCUGUCAUUUGUUGUGCUCGGAAAAUCUAUUUCUCAGGAACUUCCCUGAACUCUGCCCAAGCUCCUCCUCUUUGUAGCAACAAUAAAGGACUUUCUGCUUUAAUGCUCAACACAGUUCAUAUUUAUUCAUGGCAUUUACAUUAGUAAAUUGUUGUAUAUUAUCAUUAAUCUUGAAAAACGUAUGGG